AUGGACGAAGUAAACACGCAAACCAACACCUUCUCAGAGGAGGGCCGGAUCCACCAGGUAGAGUACGCGAUAAAAAGCAUCUCAUCCGCAGGGUCUGUGAUAGGAGUACGAUGCUCUGACGGAAUUGUACUCCUUGGGAAAAAUACAGAUGACUCCGUCUCCCUCGCACAGGACGAGAAAAUAUACAGGAUAAACGAGAAGACAGUGGGAAUAGUGGGAGGUCUCUAUGCAGAUAGUAACCUCCUGAUAAACUACGCAAGAGUCAUUGCACAGGACUAUCUGAUGAAAUACGACACAGAAAUGUCUCCCCGACAGGUUGCAAAGGCCGUCUGCAAGAUAAAGCAGAAGUACACGCAGGGAGGAGGAAUGCGUCCCUUUGGAGUUUCCUUCCUCUUCGCAGGAUGGGAUGAGAGAGACGAGUACUGCAUGUACUUCACAGACCCAAGCGGAACAAUGUCGAGUUUCACCGCGUGCGCCUUCGGGGAGGGGGAAAAGGCGAUUCUCCCGGUCCUUGACGAGCACUCCCCCGAGAAGCUGCUGGAUGAAGGACUUAUGCUCGCAUUCCGGGGGAUUCUGUCCGUCUCCGAGGGAUCAGCUAUUCUCCCGCACACGAUCUCCUGCUCCGUCAUAACGAGGGCUGGGGGAGAGAAAACAGUCCGGGCUCUCACGCAGGAGGAGGUUGCACAGUGCCUGGAGGAAGCAAAGACACAGAAAGAGUAA